AUGGUUAAAAUGAGAAGAAUAACACCUACACGCCUCCUAUUCACAUGCAGAUAUAUUUCAAACAAUGCUUCUCCACCAGUGCAGCCCUUGAAUGUGCUUUUCUUUGGUAGCGACACUUUCAGUAAUUUCUCAUUGCAAGCACUCAAUGAGUUGCGUCAAAAUAAUGGAAGCUGUGGUAUAGUGGACAAUAUUCAAGUAGUAACUAGGUCGCCGAAGUGGUGCGGUAGACAGAAGUCUAUUUUGAAAUACCCGCCGAUCUUCGAUAUGGCAGAGAAGCUUCAAUUGCCACGCCCAAUUACAUGCGACACCAAGCAGGAAAUGUUGGCGCUAAGCAAACUGACACCCAGUCGCCAAGGAAAUCCGGAGAACGACGGCUCCGGUGCUCCGUUCAACGCGAUCAUUGCGGUUUCUUUUGGGAAGCUCAUUCCGGGUGACUUGAUCCGCGCGGUGCCAUUGGCGCUAAACGUCCAUCCUUCGCUACUUCCCAGACAUAAAGGCAGUGCACCUAUCCAGCGAGCUCUGCUCGAGGGUGACACUUACACCGGUGUAACUAUACAGACACUGCAUCCGGAUCGGUUUGACCAUGGUGCAAUUGUAGCGCAGACGGAGCCACUGGCGAUCGCAACAAUGCUGUCAAAAGGGAGAGUCAAUGAUUCGACGGCAGAUUUUAAUUCUGAGGGCCUGCCUCGGAGGACUGCCAUACUGAUGGACCAGUUGGGCGCCCUUGGCGCCCAACUUUUGGGCCAAACGCUUCGUGAGAGGUUAUAUCUACCACAGAACCGUGUGCAAGCGCCAACAGCUUACAAACCCAGUUACGCCCACCGUAUAACAACAGAAGAUAAACGCAUUCAUUGGGCGCGCGAUUCUGCCGCCGAACUACUUAACAAACUCGAAACGCUCGGUCCUCUGCACGCGUUCAAAGAAGCGACAGCGGCAAGAAAGGACGCUCAAAAUUCAGUAUUAAAACGAAUAUUGUUUCAUGAGUGUAAAGUGAUGAGAGACGCACGUCUAGAUAAUGGCAGUAAACCGGGCAUGUUCAAAUAUGAUGAUAUUAAAGACUGUAUUUUGGUCACCUGUCGCGGCAACUUACUACUAUGUGUGAGCCGCCUCCAGUUCGAAGGUUUCGCCGUAGAACGUGCUGGCCAGUUCAUGGCGCGCCUGCGGAAAAGAUGCGGCGCCCUGAGUGAAAAGUUAGUUUUCCUGUAA